UCUCAGCGCUUGCAGAGCAGAAUGGAUGCGCUUGUUGUGAUGCUACGUUCAAAGACUUGAUAGACAGCAACUCCUCCUCCGGACACAAGCUCGAAAUGGGAAAAGGCUGCAAAGUGGUGGUGUGUGGCCAGGCAGCAGUGGGAAAAACGGCCAUACUGGAACAGCUGCUGUACGGAAAUCACUCUGUAGGUUCUGAAUCCAGUGAGACCCAGGAGGACGUGUACGUGGCCUCGGUGGAAACGGACCGCGGCGUGAAGGAACAGCUGAGGCUUUACGACACCAAGGGCCUCCACGAUGGGCAAGACCUCCCCAAGCACUACUACUCCGUGGCCGACGGCUUCGUGCUCGUCUACAGCGUCGACAGCUCAGAGUCCUUCAAGAAGGUGGACGUCCUGAAGAAGGAAAUAGACAAGUCCAGAGAUAAAAAAGAGGUGCGGCUGGUCCAAAGUGACGGUCAUCGUGCUGGGCAACAAGACGGACCUGCGGGAGCGGCGCCAGGUGGACCAGGAGGCGGCGCAGCAGUGGGCGCGAGGCGAGAAGGUGAAGCUGUGGGAGGUGAGCGUCACCGAACGCAACUCCCUCAUCGAACCCUUCACCCAGCUGACCAGCCGCCUCACACAGCCUCAGAGCAAGUCGGCCUUCCCUCUGCCCGGACGCAAGAGCAAAGGCACCCCGUCCAAUGACAUCUGAAACCCCGAAGACCCCCUCGUUCUCCUCCUUUUGUACAUUUGACCGUUUCACGCUCAUUCUUCACGUUAUAUACACAAUUUAAACAUACUUUUAGGGGUUAUGGUAAACAUUUGGAGAAACAGACAUUUGUUUCCUUUCUGAGAAUUGAUAUGACACUGGGGUCAGAGUGUGGGUCGCCUAGCUUAGCAUAAAGACUGGAAGCAGGGGGAAACAACUAGCCUGGUACCAAUGCCUCUAAAACUAAUUAAUUAACUCACUUUUUAUUAUUAUUAUCUUGUUUGGUUUAAUCUUUACACAAACAGAAGUGUCAAAACACGUUUUCAAUUUAAGGGGUGGUUCUUCUCGUGUUCCCUGGCAAAACCAUUAUUGUUAAUGGUUGUUAUUGUUUUGGGACGGAGCUUCCAGUCUUUAUGCUAAGCUAGGCUAACCAUCUUCUGACUCCAGCACUGAACACAUGACAUCAUAUCUGAUCUUCUCAUUCUCUUUUAUAGGAGAACGAAUGAGCAUAUUUCCCAAAGCAUUUUAAUAAUGGUACAAUGUUUCUAGUCAGUUUCUAUAGUUUAAGAUAAAAAGAAACUUAGCGGUUCAGUACCAAAGAUUUGACACAAAUCAUGUGGAUUUACUCUGUAGAAUUGUGAUUGUGCAAUAACACUUUUAUGCUCACUUUCCAAAAGGAAGGGAGUUUAGACGUGUUCAUACGGUGCGUUGAAAGAGUCAUCGGUUGCUCUGUAAUCGUCCCUCCCGUCUACCCAGAAGGGAUCUUAGUCUGCUACGAGGACCCGAGGUGGGAGGCUUCCAGCUGCCCGUCACGCUUUCAACACACCUGCAGGCUUUUUGUGUGAAGACAAGAGUUGAGAAAUGUGAAGCGGUCCUGAAAGCUGUGGCACCAAACUCUUUGAGCUCUCGUGGGGGCUCAAAAAAAAAACAAAAAAAAUGCAGAAGUCCGAUUAGCGGCUCUUGUUUUUAUGUCCUUUCUGAUAUGAAACGCAGCACGAAUCCUCGUCUCCAGGCGUGACUUCGAGCUCGCCUUCGUCCGGUCCGUCUCGUGCAUCAAGUGCGGCCCCCGGCAGCAAUAAUAAACAACGAUCUUCGCUCGUGUUGCAGACGUUCAUGUCCGUCGAGCCCGUUGAAUCCAACGGGGCGACUCGUCUUAACGGUAGAAAAAGUCUUUGUGUUGAGAGGAAAUAUUUAUUUUUUAAAACUAAUUUAUUUUUGUGACUUUAAUGAGCCACGUUCCUCGACUUCUGAAGAUGGUUGAACAAUGUGAAGGAUGACCCGCUCUGUGUCCUCAAUGUCUCAAAGUAAUAAACAUUUAAUGUGCUGCUAGUAGAACGGUGUCAGUGGGACUGUAAUCAUGCAACAAAAAAAAACACCAACUUAUUCUCUGCUCUGUAACUGUCUUAAAGAUGCACUGAAUAAAAUGUAGCCUCUUCAUAUUUCA